CCAAUCCCAAUUUUCGAUGGGCGUGUACAUUUGGUCGCGAGCAUAACAUUCCUGUUUUAUGUUUAAUUUCUAUUUUAAGUUCACAGUUUUAUGUUAAAUCGUGUGCGAUGGCAAAUGUAGAUCGUUGGUUGUGCUUGUGCACAGCCGUACUGUGCCUUGCCACCCUCGGUGCCGCUCAAUUCUACUAUGAAGAAGAAAGAGAAGCCAAAAGCAACAUUGUAUGGUGUGCGACCAGUCUGGAGGAGACGUACAAGUGUCAGAACUUUACCAGGGCGCUCGAGCGGGAUGUUGCGAUGUUUAACGAUUUCUUCAUGAAUGUAUCCUGCCACCACGGGUACGAUCACGAUGAGUGUAUGGCACUGAUCAACGAGCGCCGAGCGGAUGUGAUGACGCUGGAUGCCGGUGAAGUAUUUAGCGGGGGUCGAUUCCAUUCGCUGAUACCCCUAAUGCAGGAAGGCUACGAGGGAGGCUUCACCCAGUAUCAUGCGGUAGCUGUAAUCAAGAAGGGGUCGCUUACAGACGUCACCCAUCUGAGGCAUCUGCGUGGCAAGAAGGCCUGUUUUGCGUGGGUCGGCAGUCAUGCCGGAUGGACAAUUCCGAUACAUACUCUACAACGAGACGGAGGAAUGACGAUUACGGACUGCAAUAAUAUCGUUAAAACAGCCAUCGAUUUCUUCGGCCCGUCGUGCGCAGUGAAUGCUCUGAUUGAUAAAUACAACCCUAUCGGCGACAACUCCAACAAACUGUGCUCGCUGUGCACGGGUGUGGUGCCCGGUGGCAAAUGCACCCCAACCGAUCCCUACGCCGGCUUUGAAGGCGCCUUCCGUUGUCUCGUAGAGGCGGGCGAUAUUGCCUUCCUCAAGCACAGCACCGUCGAGGAAAUGGUGGACAGUGGAUUCAUUCCUGGCGUGACCGUUGAUCAGUUUGAGUUGCUGUGCCGUGACGGUACUCGUCAGCCCAUUUCGCAGUACCGCCAAUGUGAUUGGGGCAAUGUCCCUUCGCACGCGCUUGUCGUCUCCAGCGCCACGUCCAAAUCUGAUCGACGAAGGCUGAAGAAGUUCUUUACCAAAGCCGUCAAUCUGUAUGCAUCGAAGCAGCGUCGGUUUAACAGUACCUCGGGAGCGGGGUACGACCGACAGGACGAUCGUUAUCGCCCGUACCAAAGCUCGUACACGUCCACCUCUACCACAACAUACUCGCCGUUCACCAACUUCGAUCAGAACAUGGCCAACGAAAGCCAACCGUACGAGUCGUUCGAUCUGUUCGAAUCGAAGCGAUACGGCAGACGGUUAAAUUUGAUGUUCCAGGACUCGGCCCGCCAUCUAGCUCCAAUCGAUGAUGAUAAGCAAAACUAUCAGAGAUAUCUGGGGAAAGCGUUGGACCAGAUUUAUGACACACGGUCCUGCCCCGUCGGAAGAAUGAUGCUGUGCGUCACCUCGGAUGCAGAGUAUGAGAAGUGCAUUAAAAUGCGAACGGCCCUCAAGGCACAGCUCAUCAAGCCGGAUAUGCUGUGCAUGAAGGCACACUCACACAUUACCUGCAUGCAACACAUUCAAUCCGGAACAGCUGAUGUGACUGUGCUGGACGCUAGCGACGUUUAUACGGCCGGGUUGCAUUACGACCUAAUGCCGUUUAUGUCGGAGGUGUAUGACUUAGGCCUGCCGGAGUACUACGUCGUGGCCGUGGCCAAGGAAGAGGAUCCCGAUACGGAGCUGACCUAUCUGCGGGGCAAAAAUACGUGCCAUUCAGGCAUGAACACGGCGGCCGGCUGGGUUUAUCCGAUGGCGUACCUGAUCUCGAACGGAUGGAUUCGUCCGUACGGGUGCGACAGUAUACGUGCCGCGGCCGAAUACUUCACCAAAUCGUGCAUCCCGGGAGCUAUCAGCAAGGAGUACAACACUGGCAUUCCGUACGAUAAUAUGUGUGAUCUGUGCCAUGGUAGCAGCUUCCGGUAUUGUCGCCGUGAUGCAUCGGAAGACUACUACGGCAAUUCGGGUGCAUUCCGGUGCUUGGUUGAGGGCGGUGGCCAUGUGGCGUUCGUGCGGCAUACAACGGUGAUUGAAAAUACGGGUGGCAAGAAGCGCGAAUGGUGGGCUCGAGAUGCGCUGCCCGACGAUUUUGAACUGCUGUGCCCGGACGGAACCAGAGCGGAGGUGAACGAGUUUAAGAAAUGCAACCUUGGAAAGGUGAAGGCUAACGCCAUUGUUGCCCGCGGAGGACGAGGAUACAACGGAACGGAGAUGAACGCUUACAUCAAUCUGUUUACCUAUGCGCAGCAGUUCUACGGAAGAAAGUUCUCCGACGAGUUCAGUUUCAGCAUGUUCUAUUCCAUCCCUCCGUAUCACGAUUUAAUCUUUUCCGACGCUACCCGUGGUCUGCGUGUAGUGGACUCCGACAAACGCUGGUUCGACGCGUAUCUGGGACCGAACUUUAUGCGCGCCCGUCGCAUCACCGAUUGCCAUGCCGGUGCGAGUAGUGUGAAGAUUAGUGCCUUUGGUAGCUUGUUGCUCGGCGUGCUAGCAUUGUACUGGCCACGAAACAUACUUUAAGCAGCAGAAAUGACGAAACCAAUGUAGGAGGUUUCCUUUAUUGUAGAUUAAAUUCCGUCCGAUUUAGCUAGACUAUUUGAUUGCAUGUUAUGGAAGGUGCCUUUUGCAAAACAGUUGAAUACAGUUGAACAUUCCAGAGUGAAGGACAAAACGACUCAAACUAGUGCAGUCCCGAGGUAUUGUACAGCAUUCUGGUGUGAAUCUCUAUGCAGUAAAACGAAGGUAACGUAGUUUGACUGUAACUAAAUCCGUCCCGCUAUGAACAGCAUCAGUUACAUUACUUUCACAGUUUAUAUAGAAUAAUAUGUAUAUGUAUGUAUGUGCUUUUUAAACGACGUACAAAAGAAAACGUUCAUCCGUCCAUGUAGGAGAACGGUGUGUGUGUGCAUGAUUGGCAUUCCAAUUCAAUUUCAGCCACCACCGUGAGGGCUCUAACAAUUAAUCUCAUUUUUUUUUCAGCGAAAUGAAAUCAUCCAUAUCAACCAGAAUUGUAGAAUAAAGUUAGCCUAGCAUAAGUAAACUGUUGAGUUUAUCUUGUGCCGUUUGCACUGCAAUCUCUAGCAAUAACAUCAUGUUUUUAUAGAAAAGGAAGAAUAAAACGAAAUUUUAAACUA